AUAGACGACUUUGCCCAUAACGAAUAGCUUAGAGGAAGAGAAGACAAUCCUGGAGGAAGGGAAAACUGAUCUAAAAUUUAUAUAUCUAACUAUGUGAAUAUGUGUUUGCACACAUACAUAUUCACUCUGCAAUAGUAUUAUAUUACUGUUGAAUAUUCAAAUAGAGGGCAAUGUGACUAAGAAUAAAAUUGUUCUAUACAGGGAAAAAAAAAAAAAAGGUUUGUGAAUAAAAUCCACACUUGAGAUUUGUAUUAUUAAACUUGAACAAUAUAUUUUUCUUUAUAUAUAAAUAUAUGUAAUUAAAAUUAUUGAAAAAUAUUGCCAUCAAUUAUAUAACACGUUAUAAUUAAAAUACGAGAAAAUUAAAAAAACUAAGGAUCUACAUAAUAAUAUUCAAAAAUUCGAAAUAAAUGCAUCAAUAAAUAAAUAAUAAGAAGGGGAAAAUCCAAAAAUUAUACAAAGAGGAAAAAAAAUAAAAAUUGAGUAUAUAAAUAACUAUAUUGUACACUUGGCACAGAAGAUGACUCGUGAUGCAAGGAUGAAAUGACGUAGGCUGCGUUCCCCCGUUACGUCACAAGUAAGUGAGAUUGAGGAGGGAGUGGAAAAAAAGAAGGAAGGAAGGAGGAAGGAUGAGCGCAAUGUAGAUACUGUUUCUCUAUGUAGCCUGUGAUUUACACCUGCGAUGAUCUAAUGCAAAGCAAUACAAACCCUUCUCUAAAAGCCAUAAAGCUGUCCGCAAAUGUGAUGCACAGAUUUGCACAAUCAAAGCGACAUCGCGCUUAUAUUGGGUGGAUGUUAUAUUUAAACUCUCCGUGAGCGGAUAUUGUGUUUAUUUUCUCCGGGUCGGUCCUGCUGGAGCUGCACCGGGCCUUUGCUAUGCAGUAAUGGAGCAGCUAUUAUUUCUUGUAAUUUUCUACUUGCUUCCUACUCUCAUCUCGUCCAUACAUAAUUCAACGACCGGAGGAUGUGCAAUCAUUCGUCCCCCCAGAGACGGAGGGAUUCGCUACAGAGGACUGACUCAGGAACAGAUCCGCAGUGUGCAGAUCUUGCCGGUAGACUAUGAGAUAGAAUAUAUCUGUAGAGGAAGCAGAAUUAUUGUGGGGCCCAAGGUCCGAAAAUGCCUCCCCAAUGGCACCUGGACUGACAUGAACCAGCUCAGCAGAUGCUUAUUGGUUUGCCCGCGUUCCUGGAUGUCUCUGGUGAACGGGAGGGUGGCUCUGCUGCCCCCUGGACAACCAGUAGAGGGCACAGUUCUUCACUACAGCUGUCAUGCUGGCUUCCUAUUGGAGGGUUUCAAUAUCUCACACUGUACCAAGCUGGGCAAAUGGGACUCACCUAAACCAUUCUGUAUCUAUGACAGUAACUAUACAGGCAAGAAGAAACUGUACAUCGGAGCUCUGUUUCCCAUGAGUGGAGGAUGGCCCGGUGGUCAAGCGUGUCUCCCCGCUGCCCAGAUGGCUUUAGAUCUCGUGAACAACCGGACCGAUAUUCUGCCGGACUACGAGCUGGAGCUCAUUCAUUACGACAGUAUGUGUGAUCCAGGAGAGGCCACUAAACUGCUGUAUGACUUGCUGUACACAGAGCCCAUAAAGAUCGUCUUGAUGCCGGGUUGCAGCUCUGUGUCAACGCUUGUGGCCGAGGCGGCACGCAUGUGGAACCUAAUAGUGUUUUCAUACGGCUCCAGUUCUCCAGCUUUAUCCAACCGCCAGCGCUUUCCCACUUUCUUCCGUACGCACCCGUCAGCAACUCUGCAUAAUCCCACACGUGUGCGGCUCUUCCAGAAGUGGGGAUGGACAAAGAUUGCCACCAUCCAGCAGACCACUGAAGUCUUUACCUCAACUUUGGAUGAUCUGGAGGAGCGUGUGAAGGAGGCCGGCAUCGAGAUAAGCGUUAGACAGAGCUUCCUCACAGAUCCCGCAGUGGCUGUCAAAAACCUGAAGCGUCAAGAUGCUAGAAUCAUAGUCGGCCUCUUUUACGAGACUGAAGCCAGAAAGGUGUUUUGCGAGGUCUUCAAAGAGAAACUCUAUGGUAAGAAGCACGUAUGGUUCCUCAUCGGCUGGUACGCAGACAACUGGUUUAAGAUCAAAGAUCCAGCCAUCAAUUGCACAGUGGAGAACAUGACGGAAGCUGUGGAAGGGCACGUCACCACUGAAAUCGUCAUGCUAAACCCGGAGACUGUCCGCGGUGCCUCCAACCUGACCUCCCAAGAGUUCCUGGCCCAGCUGAUGUCACGUCUCGGGGGGAAGAAUCCGGAAGAAACGGGCGGAUUUCAGGAAGCUCCGCUGGCGUAUGAUGCUGUGUGGGCUCUGGCACUGGCCCUCAAUAAAACGGUGGCCCCUCUGAGGGCCAAAGGCUGGGCAUUGGAGGACUUCAACUACAACAACAAGGAAAUCACUGCUGAGAUUUACCGAGCCCUCAACACCAGCUCGUUUGAAGGAGUGUCUGGUCAUGUCGUGUUUGAUGCUCAAGGUUCACGUAUGGCCUGGACACUAAUUGAGCAACUGCAAGGUGGGAGCUACAAGAAGAUUGGAUACUAUGACAGCACAAAAGGCAACCUGUCCUGGUACGGAAACGACAAAUGGAUCGGCCUUGGCCCUCCGGCAGACCAGACCAAGGUGAUUGAGGAGUUUCGUUACCUUUCCCAGAAGCUCUUUGUAUCGGUGUCUGUCUUUGCCGGGCUGGGAAUCCUUCUGGGCAUAGUUUGCCUUUCCUUCAACAUAUACAACAGUAGCGUCAGAUACAUUCAGAACUCUCAGCCCUAUCUGAACAACAUGACGGCGGUGGGCUGCGUGCUGGCAUUAGCAGCUGUCUUUCCUCUGGGCAUCGAUGGCCUCCAUAUCCAACGAUCACAGUUCCCCGUGGUGUGCCAGUUUCGCCUGUGGCUGCUUGGACUAGGCUUCAGUUUAGCCUAUGGCAGCAUGUUCACCAAGAUCUGGUGGGUUCACACCGUCUUCACCAAGAAAGAUGAGAAAAAAGAGAAGAGAAAGCAUUUGGAGCCGUGGAAGCUGUAUGCGACCGUUGCAGUUCUGCUGGCUAUUGAUGUUCUCUCUCUGCUUAUCUGGCAGAUCGUGGACCCUCUGCACAUAACUGUGGAGAAGUUCACUAAAGAGGCUCCUAAAGAAGAUCUAGAUGUGUUGAUUCAGCCUCUUCUCGAGCACUGCAGUUCAGAAAAGAUGAACACGUGGCUUGGUGUGGUGUACGGCUACAAGGGACUUCUGCUGCUGCUGGGAAUCUUUCUGGCCUACGAGACCAAGUCCAUUUCCACGGAGAAGAUUAAUGACCAUAGAGCGGUUGGCAUGGCCAUCUACAAUGUAGCUGUGCUGUGCAUGAUUACUGCUCCAGUGACCAUGAUCCUCUCCUCUCAGCAGGAUGCUUCUUUUGCAUUCGCCUCUCUGGCCAUCAUCUUCUCUGUCUACAUCACCCUCGUGGUGCUCUUUGUGCCCAAGAUACGGCGUUUGAUCACUCGUGGCGAGUGGCAGUCGGAGCAGCAGGACACGCUGAAAACCGGCUCGUCCACCAACAACAACGAUGAGGAGAAGUCAAGACAGCUGGAGCGCGAGAACAGGGAACUCCAGAAGAUCAUUCAAGAGAAGGAAGAAAGAGUGACGGAGCUGCGGAAUCAGCUUGCAGAACGCCAGGCCUUGCGCUCUCGCAGACGCACGUCUGUCCAGAACCAGAACCAGAACCACAGCGUCCCGUCAUCUCAAGCCGAACCCCCCAGCUACUCCCCCGUAACAGACAAACAGUCCCUGCCUCCGUCCUUCUCCAAUUCUUCCAACCUGUACCAGGGCGAGGGCAAACUGAGCCGAAACAACUGCCACAACAGCCGUCUGCCACUCCUGUACAAAUGAGUCGGGGAUGGAGGAAUCUCAAGAAGGCAAUGUAAAGUUGUAUCUGUAGUUUAUGUACUUUAUUUUGAAGUCGAUGAGUUUUUAACUCCACUUUUGGAUUCCUGACUUCCUAAUUGUUCACUUUUGAUAACUCACUAUCUCAGUUAUAAAAACACAUUAUUAUUUUUUUUGUAAUCCACUUUCUGCUCCAACUACUCUACCAUUCAAUGGUUUGGGGUCAGUAAAAUUUUUUUACGUUUUUGAAAGAAAUCACUCACCAAGUCUGCAUUUAUUUGAUAGUAAAAACAGUAGUAUUGUGAAAUUUUAUUACGAUUUAAAAUAACUGUUUCUAUUUUAAUAUACUUUAAAAUGUAAUUUAUUCCUGUGAUACAAAGCUGAAUAUUCAGCAUCAUUACUCCAGUCUUCAGCGUCACAUGAUCCAUCAGAAAUCAUUCUAAUAUGCUGAUUGGCUGCUCAAGAAAUAUUUAUUAUUAUUAUCAAUGGUGAAAACAGUUGUGCGGCUCAUAAGUUUUGUGGAAACCAUGAUACAUUUUACAGGAUUCUUUGAUUAAUAGAAAGUUCAAAAGAACAGCUUUUAUUUGAUCUUUUGUAACAUUAUAAACAUAUUUACUGUCACUUUUAAUCAAUUUAAUGCAUCCUUGUUCAAUAAAUAUAUUAAUUUCUUUGUCAAAAAAACAAAAAACAACCUUACUCACCCCAAACUUUUGAAUGUUAGUGUAUAAGGAAACAAAAAUUCUGUUGCACAAUCAUUGAGUGUGGUGCUUUCAGACAAUAGAAACCAGUGAUGUCAGAAAAUAGUAUGUACUUGUGCAUUUAUCAAACCUUCUGAAUAGCACAAAUAAUAAUUUCAUAUUGACUUGUCCUUUAGGUUAUGUUGAGGCAUUUACAAUGGAAGGAGGAUUUAAAAGCAAAAACUUGAAGCAUUUUUAAAAAUUAUUCUGUUAAAACGUGUUUUAUUUGAGCUGUAAAGUUGUUUAAAUAGUUUUUUUUUUUGAUAGCAACAGUUUAUUAUAAUAAAAUCAUGUAAACAUGCAUAUCAUGUGACUUUACUUUUGAAGCAGCGAGUAUUUAAAAUCAACAGUCAAAUGGAAAUUUAAAUUUAAAAAUCUGUUUAAAUUUUGACCUUGUAAUGUUUAAUCAAAAUGAAAUAACUAGAUCUCAGUUAAAUCAAUUCAUAUAAAUCAAGUAAUUUAUAAAUACUUUUGUUUCAUUGUGAAUUCAAAUGUUUGCUUUAAAUGUUUCACUUCCAUUGUAAAAGCCUCACUAUAAGCCAAGUCUUUCCUUGUUUUGACGAAAAAGAGGAACAAAUGGGGAUCAGUUUUGCUAAGGAAUAUUGUGAAUUGAGCUCAACUUGUAUUGAACCUGUAAUGUUCCUUUAAGAGAGUGUUAACGUAAAGGCCAAAUAGACUGCUCUCCAAAUGCUAGAGAGUGACUUAAAUCAGGUUUGUGCUCUGUCAUUAUUGUGCCCUUGACCGUAGCACUUAAAUCGGAGUUCUUCAAGGGGAACUGACUGUUUUUGCAAUUGGACCUCGGUAAAUCCCUUUGGAUGAAGCGUCUUUUAAACACUAGGACAGGGGUGUUUAGGAAGGAUUGUGUGGGUGCUGGAGCCAGACCCGGUCAAACAUUUCUUUGAAUUAUUUUGUUGAGUGACAGCGAAGGAAGAAGAGCGUGUCUCUGUGCUUCACUUAGCAUCUGACGAGACUGUCACUUUAAUGAGACAGACAUUGCAUUGCACCAAUAGACGGUAUCAGAUGAAUUGUUCUCGCUCUCAUCCAGUUCACAAAGGAAAUGAGACAAGGUUUUAGCCGAACCUGUGAUUUACUUACUCCUAGAGGUAUUUGACCCGAGUCUGGUCGAUACUCUAUUUUCCUCGUAUGCUUUUUCUCCUUUAAUCCCUACGGCCGUGUGCCAGGGUGCUUUAAUGGUUUUCUGUCCUUGUCUCAAUGUCUCCGACUCCUGUUUUUUACAACCGUAGUAGUAGAAGUGAAGUGGAGUAAAAUGGAAAAGAAUAAAAGAAGAAUUUGUUUUGGUCUGGACUGUACAAAACAAGCAUCGGUUUGUUUUUUCCUCCUAUUAUCAUACAGUUGAGAUAAUUGGCUUAUUUGUUUUACAAAUCAUCUGUGAUGUUUGUGAUUUGUGUGUGUUACGUCACAGUUUGAGUAAAAAACAAGCACAGGCCUCUUAAACAGCUUCUGUAGCUUUUGCACUUUUGGGGCAAAUUUAUCAAACAAACACAUCUCACAACACACAACAUUGUAAGGUGAUUUUUAAUUAAUGUAUAUUUAUUAUUUAUUUAUUUUUUUUGGUGUGCACUCUGUCCAAAUUAUUGAUUUUCUUUGCCAUAUUCAAGACCAUUACUUCGUCUGUGUAAUAUUUAUUUAUUGAAUUUUUUUAUCAUAUAUUGAUAGUUUUAAAAAUUAUUUUAUGCCUCUUAUGAGUGACAGUAGACAGUAUUGUGCUCUUCACAAAUGUCUUUCUCCAUAUUAUACAUUUCUUCCCCCAAAUUCAAGGCCUUUGCUUGGUCUGUGCAAUAUUUUAUUUCAAUAUUUAUUUGAUUAUUUAUUGUUAGUUUUUUUUAGUUAAUUUAUUGUUUUGUUUUUUAUGGUUAAAAAUUAUUUUGUGCCUCUUUCGAGUAACGGUAAACAAAUGAGUGCUCUUCACAAUUGUUUAUGUGUGUUGUAAGAAUGAUAGCACACUUUUUGUAAAAUUUUUAAAUUAUAUUUAUGACCAUUCUUUAACAUUUAAACUGUUAUGCUUGGAGCCUUUCCCAAUUAUAUAUCACCUCAUAAACACAUAGUCAUAGUGGCAGAAAUCAUAGAAACUAUAACCAUAAAAUUAGAUCUAUAAAAUUGUAUUGACUCUCUCCUCUUGUAUUUUUUAUUUUAUUUUUAUUAUUAUAAGAAGUAGAGUCAAUGCUUAAACUUUUGUACCUGUGGACAAUCUCUAUGUGUAUUUAGAAUUAUUGCAAUAUUACAGUGGUGUAAUAUUUAUUUCCUAUGGUAAGACAAUCACGUAAUACUUGUUUACACAGUAAUACAAUAUUUGGGAAUUUUAAUUUAAGUUGUGCAUUGCUGCAUGUUUCAUUCUUGUAUAAAAAGUACUUGUGUAUAAACUAACUAACAUAUAAGAAGCAAUGAUUCACAGUUGGUGACUGACAGCUAGGCAUAGUGUACAGCACAUUGACUUCCCUCUAUAUAUCAACAUUCUAGUAAUGUAGCUCAGGGUGUGUGACUAUAUACUGUAACACUUGACACACGGUAAAGGUACAAUCUGUAAUUUCUGAAACAGUGCCUUUUGAAUGGAUGGGAUGGGUUCUUUGGAAACAUCUGUGUGGAGUCACCGCUGACGCACAAGGGAGGGUUCUUGUUAUUCUGAGGCAUUUCUUUCUCUAAAGGUUCUGCGGAUACAGCAGUUAUGGAUUUUCCUUGAACUGUUUCCUUGAAUUGUCAGGUGUGUGCACUAUACCACGAGGAAUUUCUUUUGAUACUUCCAAGCGUCAAAAAACUUAAUGUAAUUAAUUCCCUUGUAAUUUUUCAACUGACAAAAACUGUAUGUAUGUUAAGCUUUAGAAAGUUUCUCUAAAUAUGCAAACUUUCUGGAUGUCAACAUUCAAUAAACUCAUUAUUUUGCACUGAGAGUGCAGCCAGGAUUGUUUAUGAUCGAGUCUCAAGAUCUGAUGCAAGACAUGUAAAACCCUGGAUACAUAUGUAUAUGUAUAUAUAUAUAUAUAUAUAUAUAUGUAUAUGUGUGUAUAUA